GGCGAGGGGGCGGGGCCGGGAACAACUACAAAGGGGCGGCCGAGGCGGCAGGCGGGUGCGGUGCGGUAGACUGAGCGGAGCUGAGCGUUGAGCACCCUCAGAAGGAUCUUAACACACCCCAAGGUUCCGUGGUUGAGAAUCGCUGGUCUAAGCAGUAUAUUGGACUUCCUAUGUUAAUAUACUGAGUCUCUCUGGAGAAAAGCAAACCCUAAAAUGGCAGGCCAAGGAAGUAAUACAGACUGCAUGUCAUGUAGUAUACUGAGCUGGGAGCAGGUCAGCCGUUUGCAUGAGGUUCUGACAGAAGUCGUUCCAAUCCAUGGCCGGGGCAGCUUCCCAACCCUGAAGAUAACCCUGAAGGACAUUGUUCAGACUGUCCGCAAUAGUCUGGUUAAGAUUGGCAUCCAAGUGCAUGAUGUCCGGCUGAAUGGUUCUGCAGCUGGUCAUGUUCUGGUCAAGGAUAAUGGGCUAGGCUGCAAGGACCUGGACCUUAUUUUUCAAGUGUCUCUUCCAAGUGAGGCUGAAUUUCAGCUAGUCAGAGAUGUUGUCUUACGAUCUCUCUUGAACUUCUUGCCAGAAGGUGUGAGCAAGCUCAAGAUCAGUCCAGUGACUCUGAAAGAAGCCUACAUCCAGAAACUGGUGAAAGUGUGUACGGAGUCUGAUCGCUGGAGCCUAAUAUCGCUUUCUAACAGACAUGGCAGGAAUGUGGAACUGAAGUUUGUUGACUGCAUACGUCGACAGUUUGAGUUCAGCGUGGACUCUUUCCAAAUCAUAUUGGACUCCUUGCUUUUUUACUAUGACUAUUCUGAAAAUCCCAUGUCGGAAGGCUUCCACCCAACUGUGAUUGGGGAAAGCAUGUAUGGAGACUUUGAGGCAGCCUUUGAUCACCUCCAGAACAAACUGAUUGCUACCAAGAAUCCAGAGGAGAUCCGAGGUGGUGGACUCCUGAAGUAUAGCAAUCUCCUGGUGAGAGACUUCAGGCCCAUGGACCAGGAGGAGAUCAAAAUGCUAGAGCGCUACAUGUGUUCACGCUUCUUCAUAGACUUUCCAGACAUCCUGGACCAGCAGCGCAAGUUAGAGACGUAUCUUCAGAACCAUUUUUCCAGAGAAGAGAGGAGCAAAUAUGACUACCUCAUGACCCUGCGGCAGGUGGUGAAUGAGAGCACUGUAUGCCUCAUGGGGCACGAGCGAAGGCAGACUCUGAACCUGAUCUCUCUGCUGGCACUCAAAGUACUGGCAGAACAGAACAUCAUUCCUAGUGCCACUAACGUUACCUGUUACUACCAACCAGCACCUUAUGUCAGUAAUGCAAACUUCAGCAACUACCAUAUUGCAAACUCUCCUAUUUCCUAUAGUCAGUCUUACCCUACCUGGCUACCUUGUAACUGAUUUCUAACUCGCGUAUUUCUUAAUGGAAGUUUCUGAAAGGCAAGAAAUUGUAUGGGUAGUGGGAACUACCAAUUGGCUAGGGGGCUAUCUGUUGGGAAUGUGUGGUUUGAUUUCUUAUUUCCUUGAAGGCAGCAUGACACUACUACCAAACAGUUUGCAAAGUUUUUCAGUAUUCCCUGCACAAAUGCUGCAAGAAGUCUUACUGUCUCUUUCAAUUGUGGGAGGAGCCUGUGCCCUCAAAUUGGAGAAUUAAUUACUAGUUGUGAAAACUAUGGCAGACUUGUAUCCAAGUGUUGUGUGUGUGUGUGUGUGUGUGUGUGUGUGUGUGUGUGUAUAUAGAA